GGAAACUGCAUAACAACAAGAUGGCGGCGCCGCAGGACGGCUUGCUGAGCCUGCGUGGGAGCUCCUGACAGCUAGAAUCUAGAACUAUGAGCUCACCUUUGGCCUCCCUUAGUAAGACCCGGAAAGUGCCCCUGCAGUCGGAGCCUGUCAAUCCUGGGAGGCGAGGGAUACGAAUCUACGGAGAUGAAGAUGAAGUGGAUUUGCUGAAUACUGACCAUGACUCGGAAGAAAGGAUCUCUGUCCCUUCCUGCUAUGGUGGCAUAGGUGUCUCUGUGAGUCAGAAAGUCUCUGCAUUCCAUGACUUGGACCCUAUGUCCUCCAUGACGAGGAAGUUGCAGGACCUGGAGCAGCAGGUGAAGGCCCAGACUGACGAGAUGCUGUCCAAGGAUCAGAAGAUAUCAGCCUUGGAGGACUUGGUGCAGACCCUCCAGCAGCACCAGGUCGGGGCGGCCCUGCAGCGGCAGGAGGAACUGGAGACGAUGUGCAUGCAGCUGCAGCGGCAGGUCAGGGAGAUGGAGCGGUUCCUCAGUGACUACGGCCUGCAGUGGGUGGGCGAGCCCAUGGACCAGGAGGACUCAGAGGGCAAGGCAGUCCCUGAAGAUGGUGAAAGGGACUGGAUGACUGCCAAGAAGUUCUGGAAGCCAGGGGAAUCAUUGGCACCUCCUGAGGUGGAUUUUGACAAGCUACUGGCCAGCCUAAAGGACCUCAGUGAACUGGUGGCAGAGGGUGACACCGAGGUGAUGCCAGUGCCUGGUGGGGCACGGCUCCAUAUCCUUGAGCCCAUUCCUCUGAAGCUCUACCGGAAUGGCAUCAUGAUGUUUGACGGGCCCUUCCGGCCCUUCCAUGAUCCCUCCACUCAGCGCUGCCUCCGAGACAUAUUGGAUGGCUUCUUUCCCUCAGAGCUCCAGCGGCUAUACCCCGACGGGGUCCCCUUUAAGGUGAGUGACCUGCGUAAUCAGGUUUACCUGGAGGAUGGGCUGGACCCAUUCCCAGGCGAAGGCCGUGUGGUAGGCCAGCAAAGGAUGCACAAGUCCUUGGACAGCGUGGUGGAGCACCCAGGUUCCAAGCUGACCAUCGAGAAAUUUCUGAACAGUCUUCCCAAGUGUGUGAUCAGGCAAGGUGAGGUGAUUGACAUCCGGGGCCCCAUCCGGGACACCUUGCAGAACUGCUGCCCAUUGCCUGUCCCAGUCCAGGAGAUCGUGGUGGAGACACCUACCCUGGUGGCUGAGCGGGAGAGGAGCCAGGAUUCGCCUGAUACACCAGCGCCCCCACUCUCCAUGCUGCGCAUCAAGUCUGAGAACGGGGAGCAGGCCUUUCUCCUGAUGAUGCGGCCUGAGGACACCAUCGGGGAUGUGCGUGCCCUGCUAGCACAGGCCAGGGCCAUGGAUGCCACCGCCUUUGAGAUCUUCAGCACAUUCCCACCGAGGGUCUACCGUGAUGACAGGCUCACGUUGCAAGCUGCAGGCCUUGUGCCCAAUGCGGCACUGCUCCUGCGGGCGUUCCCAGCCUCACAGUCUGACCCCAGCUUUGGUCCUGGUUCCGGCUCCAGCUCGGAAUAAAGAGCCCACCCCCUGUG